AUGUCCGAGUCACCUGGACCCAGAAAUGGACGAAUGAAUAACAGCGUAGGGGACCAGCCUGCUGUCAAGGUUCGCAAGGCUGCCGCCUGUCAGGGUGUAAUGCGAUCCGAGCCAAAAAAAAAAAAAAAGAUAAUGGUUCAGCCACGUCCUCAGCAGAAGUUCGCCGUUCUUGAACUCUACUGCAUCUUGGCCUGGUUGGAAUUGAAUGCGGAGAGCCCUGCCGGAGAGCAGCUCACGGGAAGGAACCGAGACACAAAAAUAUGUGAGGGAUAA